AUGGAUGACCAGAGAAUAACAAAAAUGAAGUUAGAAGAUUGGAAAUAUGAAGCAAAAAUUUUGGAUUUCGUUCAUGUUGAGUAUAUAUUUAGUGAAUCAAAAGAUAAUGAGGAAGAGAUUAGCGAUAUUAUGGAACAGCUGAAUAAUGCAGCCGAAAAAUUAACACGUUUGGAUGCUGUCAAAGAUCUCAAACUUUUACAAAGCGAAAUGGAAACAGCGUUAAAAGAAAUCAGUAAAUAA